AUAAGAUGCUGAGGACUCGGGUAGUGGUGCUGGCAACUCUGUGGCUUGGCUUCUGUCUUCACACUGCUGUUCAUCCGGCCAACUCUUCUUGUCUACAGGAAACAUGGCAUCGGACGCCAGAGGACUCAGGCAUGAACAUUUUUAUCAACAAAAGUAUGGCAGACCAGUAUGAAUUACUCACGUGGCAAUGGUUGACUGAUUACAAAGAUGGACUCUGGACAAUCAGUCUCAAAAAAUGGCCUAAUUUGCAGUUUGUUACCGGAUCUUUGAAGUACAAAAGCAAGGUGACAGGCACAGAAUCUCACUUCGGCUGGAGAGUGAAAAAGAAACACCUCACAUGGUCUGGAAAACAAAAUCUUAUCUUUCAACCAGGCUGGAAUAUGUCGGUAUGCGGAUUCAGCGCUGACUGGGGCUUUAUACCCGGCUAUUACGGACAUUGGUCAUUUCGUCUAGGAAAUGUGACAAUGACAGGAGAGCUUGGCAGUGACUGGAUUGAUGAACUGAGAAUGGUUGAAUGUGUGAACGACAAGGACAGGCGAAAACGAUCGCCACAGGAAGCCGACCCCCCACCAGAUAUUCCCGAUGAAAUUCCGACAAACAACGAUGGAACCAGAUCGUUUUUGAAAUGGCUGUUGAGACGGACAGGCUUGGAACAAGGUGAUAAUGACGAAAGGAGCACUUGGGAGCGAGUAGGAGAUUUUCUGCUGAGUAUUGGGCAAAUAGCAUUGCGUUACCUCAUUUACUUUGUCUGAUCAUCCAAUUCAAUAAAUUUAUGAAUUUAUAAUAGUUGGUACGAUAAUAAAUGAAUAAUUAUUAUUUUAAACGAGAAUACCAAUUAAAU